ACACAACCCAAUUCAUGCCUCUCUCUUUAGUCAACAAAAACACCUCGUCUAUCUCUCUCUCCUUUUCCUUCUCUCUUGCUCCUCCCUCUUUUACAACAACAACAAGGAAAAAAAAUAUGGAUGGAAGCUGCAUAGAUGAAAGCACAACUAGUAGUGCUGAUAACUCCAUAUCCAUUACACCAACCUCCCUCCCUCCCUUCCCACCAACUGCUACCACUACAAAAUCACCACCUGAGUCACUUUGCCGUGUUAGGAGCGGCAAUAGUAGUGUUAUUCUUGAUUCGGAAUCAGGUGUCGAAGCUGAAUCGAGAAAACUCCCUUCUUCUAAAUACAAAGGUGUUGUCCCCCAACCAAAUGGUCGCUGGGGUGCACAGAUUUACGAGAAGCACCAGCGUGUGUGGCUCGGGACGUUCAAUGAAGAAAAUGAAGCAGCAAGAGCCUAUGAUAUUGCUGCUCAGAGAUUCCGUGGAAGGGAUGCCGUGACUAACUUCAAGCAAGUUAAUGAGACCGAAGAUGAUGAAAUAGAGGCUGCUUUCCUGAACGCUCAUUCGAAAGCUGAAAUCGUUGACAUGUUGAGGAAACACACGUACAGCGAUGAGCUAGAGCAAAGCAAAAGGAACCACAGGAGUAACAAUGGGGGAAAUGGGAAGCAAUACAAGAAUACAGCAAACUACGAGAAUAAUAGUUAUGAUCAUGGUUGUGGUCGGGUGUUGAAAGCGCGUGAACAGCUUUUUGAGAAAGCUGUGACUCCGAGUGAUGUUGGGAAAUUGAAUCGGCUUGUGAUACCAAAACAACAUGCGGAAAAGCAUUUUCCUUUGCAAAGUACAUCAAGCAAUAGUACUAAAGGUGUAUUGCUUAACUUGGAAGAUGUGAGCGGCAAAGUGUGGAGGUUUCGUUAUUCUUAUUGGAAUAGUAGCCAAAGUUAUGUUUUGACAAAAGGGUGGAGCCGAUUUGUUAAAGAAAAGAACUUGAAAGCUGGUGACAUUGUUUGCUUUCAAAGAUCAACUGGACCUGAUAACCAGCUUUACAUUGAUUGGAAAGCAAGAUGCGGGUCCAACCAGGUCCAACCGGUUCAGAUGGUGAGGUUGUUUGGGGUUAAUAUUUUUAAUGUACCUGGGAUGGAAAAUGGGUGUGAUGGGAAGAGAUCAAUAAGGGAUAUGGAGCUUUUGUCAAUAGAUCGUCAGUAUAGUAAGAAACAAAGGAUCGUUGGAGCCUUGUAACAUUUUGUAAUUUUGUUUUUAGUUUCUUGGUUUUACUUUGUGUUUUUCUCUUCCUGGCAUUUUGUGAAUUUUAGGAAGGUUAGGGGGGGAAUGAGGGGAGGAGGGGUCAGGAGGUGUAGCCGCUGCUGCUGCAAGUUGCAAAAGGCUAAUUGUAUAUUAUAUUAUAAUUACAAGACAAAAAGCUGAAUAAAGCUUGAAAUUAGGCACAGCAAA